GACAUACUCCAUGUAACGCUUUACGGUUAACUAUAUCAUCCGGGCAAUCCAGAGAAGGACGAGAAGGUCGCCAACAUGUUGCGACUACGAGCUAUCAGAGCAGGAUCCAUUGCAAGAACUCUUCUGGGAAACAACCAAAGAUGCGAGGUGGAACAGAAAGCCAAUAUGGAAACGGGGGAUUUUGGUAGGCCCGGUUUGCUAACUAGACCAAACGCCGCUCGGCCACCAAUACCGUCAUUAGAUGAAAGGAUGGCCACCUGGAAGGAAGUCAGUGACAUAUUCUAUGGGCCUGAAAGAGACCUCAAAAACUUUCCUUCUCCUAAACAGCAGGUUGAUGCACCCGGGAUUCGGUUCGGAUUUGUCCCAGAGUCAUUCUUCGAGUUUCUCUACACAAAAACAGGAAUCAUGGGUCCAUAUUUAUUGCUGUUUGGCACUCCAGCAUACAUGUUUUCCAAAGAAAUCAUGUCGCCUGAUUAUGAAGUUGCAGAGCUUCUCAUUGUUUUAAUUCCUGGAUAUUUCCUCAUCACUAAGAUAAACGAAGGCAACAGAGUCGUAGAUUUCGUUAAAGCUAAACGUGAGGAAUUGGAUGAAUAUUGGUACAAGCCAAUGGUUGACUUGGCUAAAAACACUGAUGUGGCAAUUGAGGGGGCAAAAACAGCCAUAUACCAGCAAGAGGCACUGGAAUAUAUGUUUGAUGCUAAAAAGGAGAAUGUGGGCCUACAGCUUGAAAUUGAAUACAGACAGAGACUGCAGUCAUUGUAUGAUCAAGCGAGGCGAAAACUGGAUUACCAGGUGGCCAAUGUGAACGCUAGGAAGAACUUUGAGCAGGGACACAUGGCAAGAUGGAUCAACAAGGCUGUGUACAGUAGCGUCACUCCACAACUGGAGAAACAGAUAAUGGACGGUUGUUUGGCCAAUCUCCGUGAACUGUCAAAAACAUUCAAAGCUACAUAAUAGCUGGAGAAAGACACUAGAACAAUAUAGUGGGCAGGAGAUGAUGUGUUUCAUCUCAGGGACAUCGUAAAACUGUUCUCAAACUCUGCAACAUGCAUUUGUGUGGAAUAACAGUGGAGAGAAAAGGGUGAAACUAGAGUGAUAAAAUACUGGUCUGGCUUGAUAAAGAACCAGUGCUGUGCUGUUGUCCGUAUUUAGAAGGUCAUUUUUGAAAUUAAAAUAUUCUUAUGAAAAAAA